UUAUUUUAUUAAGCAUGAUGUCGAUAUUGUGUGCAAACUUCAAUUAUCGUUCUUUACAUAAUAAAAAUGUUAUUAUUCAUGCAUGCAUGAGCAUGGAAGUGAAGGUUUUAAAGAAAAUUAUACAAGCUCAUGACAUGAGAGAGAGAGAGAGAGAGAGAGAGAGAGAGAGAGAGAGAGAGAGAGAAGGGGGCUAAAGUUAUAAAGUUAUCCCGCUUUCUACAUCUAUUUGUACCAGUCUUCAAAUAAAUAGACGUUUUGAUCCCAGCCAGCUGUUUUUGACAAUGUGUAUUGCAUCUGGAGUUGGUUUGAAAUCUAUCAAACCGCAGAAAACACAGACUCAUGAUUCAUGCUUCCCUUGAUAGUAUAAACGUAUCGUCUUAUAAUCUACAACAUUUAACUUUUUAUCUCAUAUCUAAAUAACUUUACCACGUUCAGGGAUAUAGAGCUGCCCCCUUUCAAUGCAUUAAGCUACCGAGCAAGCAUUCGUGUGUAUAUAAAUAUGAGAACAACUGUUUACAGCAAAAAUAUGAUAUCCUAAGUUUCAAACCAUGCCUUAAUGCCUGUGAAAUUUCAUAGGGAAUGAUUUCGCGCACAUUGUGUAAUUUCCUUGAGUUUGGAUUAGUCAAGUGACGGUGCCCAUUGCGUGUGUCAAGAACACACACAAAAAAAAUUGGCAUUUCAGAAGUGCGUAAACUUUAGGAGAUGAAUUUGAACGAUUGUGAGCCACACACGCGAGUAAUUUUAGUUCUUUAAAAAUGUGUCAAUAUUCCACAUCCUCUUAAAUCUGUCGCUGAAAAUCAACACGGAGGUCAAAACAACUUCACGUGAAAUGAGAAAUUUCCUCCAUUCACUUCCUGUUUGGAUAAUACACAGAGGAGGUAGGGAUCUUAAAAGUUUUAACAAGAAGCACAAGGCUGUGAUGAAAUGCGGCAGAGGAAAAAGGAGAGAAAUUUAUUGUACAACUGCGUGACGGUGCGGCAUAAAUCUGUCGUCUGGUGUUUAUGUUCGAAAACUGCUCGUUUAUUGUGUGUUAAAUGGCUAAAAUGCUAUUUUUGAAAGAAAUAAGGAUCUCUGUUUUUUAGUUUCACACAUUUCUGUUCCAUAUGCAAUACUUGAAACGGAAGAAAGAUUGAAUAGAAUACGUUUAUCUAUUUAUUUCUUAUAUUUGUAAUUAUUUGAUAUUUAUAUAAAAAAAAAAAUUUAAAAAAUCUGGAUUUCCAUCGUUGAUUGUGUGAUGAUUUGACGAUUUUCGAUGAAAUGGAUGACAAUGACGAUGAUCCUCUUGGAUUUCUGGCUGAGUUUAAGAAGGGACGGUACAUGUCCUUCAGCAUUGACAGCAGUAACUUGUACCUUAAUGAGAUCCCGGAGGGCGACUACAGCGAUGCGCGUGUCAAAUAUUCAUUGACAAAAAAUGGAACCAACACCGAUUUCAGAUCAACAGAGAGCUCGGACCACUUUGACGAAAGUCAGAGUGGUGAAGAGCUAGAUCGCGUAACGCCUUUGAUAGAAAUGGGUAAUGGUGAAAGUAUGCAUAAUAACCAUAGAGGAUUUGAUCUGAGGACGUCUGUAGCCAUGCCUAUGCGCUUACCCAUGCCCGACCCCCAUGAACUGGAGAAGAGGUUUACUAAAGUCUUGGCCUCGAUGGAUCUGCCACCAGACAAGGCCAAAGUACUCAAAGGAUAUGACGAUGAGAAGAAAUGGGACUUGAUAUGUGAUCAGGAGCGGGUUCAUGCGAAGGAUCCACCUCACGUCUAUCUGGACAGACUCCGAACGUAUCUGGAUCCUCGGAACAGCCGGGGUUCUCGAGUUGAUGAAGACAGUCCACUUUGUUGUAGAAAAACUCCAGAGCUAAUGGGAACGUGUGUCUACCCGGAUGUAAGUUACAAUAAAAAGAAAAACCUAAAUGAUAUAUCGUCUACACAAGUCCUGAGGGAUUUAGAAAUCUCGCUCCGAACAAACCACAUAGAAUGGGUUCGAGAAUUCCUGAGCGAGGACAACCAGGGAUUGGACGUCCUAGUGGAUUACCUCUCAUACACUCAGGUCGUCAUGAGGAAAGAGCAGCUAUUGAAUAAGGAGAAGAGCACCAGUUUAGAUGGUCUAGUCAAAAGUCCUGCCAGGAAACUAAAGCGGUCCAAUACAAUUGGUUCCCCGCGUCACACUAAGAUGUCCAAGUUGAACAUGGGGGAGGCGAGGGACGAUGUUCAUGUCUGCAUUAUGUGUUUACGAGCCAUUAUGAACCACCAGUAUGGCUUUAAUCUUGUGAUAGCCCACAGACAUGCCAUAAAUUGUAUAGCGCUGAGUUUAAAUCAUCACAGUCUCAGGACCAAGGCUCUGGUGUUAGAACUGUUAGCUGCUGUCUGUCUAGUCAGUGGAGGGCACGAGAUCAUCUUGUCGGCCUUCGACAAUUUUAAAGAAGUUUGCGGUGAAAGACAUAGGUUUGAAACAUUAAUGGAUUAUUUUCGAAAUUAUGAAGAAUUCCAUAUAGAUUUUAUGGUUGCUUGUAUGCAGUUUGUUAAUAUAGUGGUCCAUUCUGUGGAAAAUAUGAACUUUCGUGUACAUUUACAAUAUGAAUUUACGCACAUUGGAUUAGACGAUUAUUUAAAUAAACUUCGACACACUGAGAGUGAUAGACUAUCGGUGCAGGUUCACGCAUAUGUUGAUAAUAUGAUUGAGGUGGCGCAACUCUUAGAGGACUCCGAGCUCAAAACAGAAGCCAUCGAGCGAGCGGAAGACCUCGAGGAGGAAUUAUCACGGGAGAGGGAACAUCUUCAGGAGAUGGAGGAGGAAGCCAUGGCAAAAUCAUUGGAGUUAGAAAAGCAGUUGUCAGAUGCCACACAUAGAAUUGAAGAAUUGGAGGAUUAUCUAGGUCAACAAGACGUGGAAUUGAACACCUUACGACAGAUGAUGUCAGAAAAAGAUGAGGAAUCCAAGAAACGCCAGAGCAUGUUUGAGGCCAAGCUCCGUGAAAUGGAAAACAUGAGAGCCAGUCUUAAUAUCUCUGGUAACGCUUCCACAGCUAUGGAUGAUCCUCCUCCUCCGCCCCCACCCAUGCCUCCUCCCCCACCUCCUGUAGCUGCUCCGCCCCCACCCCCUCCUCCUCCAGCACCCCCAGGCGCUGGGAUGCCACCACCCCCACCCCCUCCUCCCGGGGCACCCACUCCUCCAGCUGGACCAGGUGCUAUGACAAUUAAACGGAAAGUACAGACCAAAUACAGACUCCCCAUGUUAAAUUGGACUCCACUGAAACCUCAGCAAGUGAAAGGAACUGUGUUUUCUGACUUGGACGAUGAUAAACUUCUAAAUGUGAUAGACUUUUUGGAGUUUGAGGAGGUAUUUAAGCUAGGAGGUGGACUGAUCGGGGCUGAAGAGAUGAAGGGUGACAGUACCUUGAGGAAAAAGAAAGCAGAAAGUGUCAGUCUCAUGGAACCCAACAGGCUCAGGAAUGUGGCAAUCACCAGGAGGAAAAUGGAACUUACAAACGAUGAAGUUUGCAAAGCCAUCAACUACAUUGACCUCAAGACCCUGUCUUUAGAUAUGGCAGACAUUCUCCUAACAAUUCUUCCUAAUGAUGCUGAGGUGAAGGCCUACAAGCAAUAUGAAAAGGAAAGGCGACCAUUGGACAGGCUGUCAGAUGAGGAUAGAUUCAUGUUACAGUUGUCAAAGAUAGAGAGAUUAUCACAAAAGUUACACAUCAUGAGUUUCAUUGGAAAUUUCAAUGAAAAUGUUCAUCAUCUUGCACCGCAAGUCAAUGCAAUCAUUGCUGCUUCAAUGUCGUUACGGAGUUCCACGAAAGUCAGGAAAAUGUUAGAGAUCAUUUUAGCAAUAGGAAACUACAUGAACAGUGCCAAAAGAGGGGCAGUGUAUGGCUUUAAGCUCCAGAGUCUGGACAUGCUCGCGGACACUAAAUCCAAAGAUAAAAAUGUCACAUUAAUGCACUUCGUAGUCCAAACAGUUCAAACCAAAUUUCCAGAGAUCUUAAAUUUUGACUCCGAGCUGCGGUUUUUGGAAAAGGCUGCAGUAGUAUCUAUGGAAAACAUCAUAACUGAUUACAAAGAUUUGGAGAAGGGCAUGCAGUUGACCCAGAAAGAAUAUGAGGCCCGGAAGCACAGCCGGGAUGCCCCUCCAAUCCUCAAGGACUUCCUAUCAAGCUCAGAGGACAGGCUCAAAAAACUUCAGGCCGAUAUAAAAACAGCAGAGGACGCCUACAAACGAGUUGUAGAAUUCUUCGGAGAGAAUCCACGUACAUGUUCACCAACUAAUUUCUUCUCACAAAUUGUCAGAUUUGUGGCAGGUUUCAAAGCUGGCGUUGUUGAGUUGGAAAAGAGGAAGAAGAUGGAAGACGCCCUGUAUGAAGAGGAACAAUUAGAACAGAUCAAGAAUAAAAAGAAAGACUUCAAGAAGAAUGCACAGAGAAUUAUUUUUGAAGAGAAGAAAUAUGUUUACGAAGAAAAGGAGGCUGUGGUCACAGAAUUGAAGAGUAGAAACAGACAGAUAAAGGAGAAGAAACUGCUGGGGAAGGAUGAAGUCUAUCAUGGGGCUCUGGAGGACAUCUUGCUGGAUCUGAAGAAUGAGCCGUACAGAAGAGCUGAUGCAGUGAGGCGAAGUCAACGGCGUCGUAAUGAGAAUAUGGUGCAGGCACCAAAUUAUGACGGUUAUGAUGAUAAUUACUGAUAUUGACUUUAACGUAGUCACAAGAACAGGCAUGUCCUUGCUGCUGAGAUCGACAGUUCCAGGGUACAUCAGCGUCAAGGAAAGUCAAUUUACAAAAAUGUCGAUUUACAAAAUCGCCAAUUUGUACAGGGUUCAAAUGUUGGACUAAUCUCCCUUGAAAUAGGGACAAAAUGCAUCAAACAGGCUUUGUUCCUUCACAAUGUAUUAUACAACAUAAAAACACACAGGGUUAAUCCUGCAGUUACAGAUGUGCAUUGUGUGAAAGAGAAGUUUGUAUAAGACAUCUAUGUAGAUUAAAUUUCAUUUUGAUAAGGGAACAAAAUAAGUGUAUGUAAAAAUACUUAUGAACAGGAAAGUAUGUGUACUGUAUAAAACUGGUGACUUUUGUGCAAUAUGUGAACAUUUCAUUUACUUCCUUUUUGUAAGCGAAAGUUAUUUUCAUAAUCUAGAAGGAAGUAUGUGCAGGAAAAAUUCCAGAGAUAUUAUGCUAAAACAAGCUGAUAUAUAGAACACACAUACAGAUAUAUACACACAUAUUUAGGUUUAGAUCAAGUGAAAGUUCAUUAUAAUGAUGAAAAAAAUUCUUGCCAGGAAAUACAUCUAUUUAAAUGAAAGUGCAUCUAAACUGUCAUCAGAUUUUUGAAAAUAAAAUAAAUUUAUGCCUAUACUUUAUGCAUUAAUGAAGUUCUGGAGUGAAAAAGUGUAAAUUAUUCGAAUGAUGACAGAAAAAUUCAAAGAAAUUAAAAAAUCUGCAUAACUUGUUGCUAGCUGAAUAUACAACUUCAAAAAUUUCACUCUCCACAAAAUGAUUGUUAUGAUGUGAAAGCCUUCCGUUUGUAUCUAUAUAGUGCAAUUGUGUGGAUUCCAAAUUAGAAAGAGGAAUCAUCGAGUAUAUAUGUGAUAUAUUUGAUUCCAGUCAUAGAUGGUUAACAUUUGAUCAACUUCCAUGCUACAGUCAACAUAAAGAAGAUAAUUUGUAUAUUAGACCCGCGACUGUUGUUCAGUGUUAUUUUGUCAGAUUAUAAGUAUGUAGGAUUAGUGUGACACACAUUUUAGCCAUGUUGUAUUUGAUACGUGUUAUUCAUUCCAGUCAAUAUCAGUCAGUGUACAGUCAUUUAGUCAACAUCACAAUUAACGCCCUGUUUGCUAUGUGUUGUUUUUGUACCAGAAGCUUGUGUUUUUUAUUAUUUAGAUUUUUUUUUUUUUUUUUUUUUUUUUUUUAUAAAAUUUUUGGUUAUAGAUUUUGUUUAUUAUUGUAAGUUGCACUUUGCUAAAGAUUUAGAUGCACUCGUCAGUUUUUUAUUUAUCUACUGUGAAUCUUAAACUGCAAGUGAGGAUUUCUCUGUAAUGUAAAAUAUAAUGUUAGAUGACAGAUUAGCUUGACAUAGGUGCUUUAAAUUUGGGGAAGAUUGAGAAAAUACUGCUUACACAGAUGAAAAAAUUUUUUACAAAAAGAAGACUGCACAACUUGCAAAAGGGAGAUUUCAUUCUAAAUAAGUACAGGGGACUUUUAAAACAUGGAAUAGAAAGGAAAAUUUAAUUAUCGAUGUCCAGCAAAUGGGAGAUUUCAUUUUAAAUAAGUACAGGGGACUUUUAAAACAUGAAAUAGAAAGGAAAAUUUAAUUAUCGAUGUCCAGGAAAUGGGAGAUUUCAUUUUAAAUAAGUACAGGGGAUUUUUAAGACAUGGAAUAGAGAGUUAAAAUUUAAAUUCUCGAUUUUCAUGGAUGGAUGUGAAAUAAGAUUUCUACCAUGGCCAACAUAGUAACUAUAUCAACACCCAUGAUACAAUAUACAAUAUACUAGAAAAAUAAAUUUGUUAUGCGUGUUGUAGUAACCAAUGAAAUGUUGGGCGUACAUGUAAAUUAAAAGCUUUGCUUAUUCAGUCUUCCUGCCGAGGCAGUAUUUGAUAUUGUGCAACCUAUAAAUUCCUGAUAUCCAUUUAAAAGAUAAUAUUGACUUUCGUACCUUUAAGACUUCAAUGAAAACUUCUGUACUGGGUGAUUUCAUAAGUAGUUUAUAAUUGAGAUUUUACUUGUACUUAUAUACACAGCCAAGAACACCAGUAUUUUCUUUUACUGAGGUAUUUGUGCAUGGUAUUUUCACAUAAGAUUCAGUGGGGUUUUUCUCUUUGUAAAGAAUACUGUUAUUCUCUAAAUAUAAACCUAGUAGACUUUUGUUUUGGGAUGAAAUUUUUUUUAUAACUCUUUGAACUCGUAAAGCAAAAAAUACAUGGGACUUGAAACAAAGAUCUUGCACAAAAAAUGUCUAAAAAGUAUACUUGAAAGUCAUCUUAAAAUUUAAGGAAUUUUUAACAUUUUCUAAAUGGAAAAGGGGUGUUUUUGAACAUUUUAUUUUAUAAAUGUAAUCAAUAUACUAGGAAGGCUUAUGUUUUUCACAUUGUUUAAACAUGAAUAUUGAGUUGAUGUUAUAUUGAUGUGUCUUUGCUAACUUUUUGCUCUUUGUGAGAGUUAGAACAGGUUAUUCUGAAUUACCCUGUAUAACGUAUGCUAGUGAAAAUUAUGUAAAUUUGUCAGUUUGCCAUAGAAACCAUGACUCAAUUGUAUGUGUGACUUUAUUCUGGAUGUUGCUCUAACAUAAGAUAUGUACGAAACUUUCAGUACUGUAUCAAAAGUGUCCAGAGAUAUUACAGUAAUUUCACCCCUUGUUCGGAAUUAUAUAUCAAAAAGCCAAAAUCUGUAUCUUGUUUUUCACCACUAAUCUGUUCAAUAAACUAAUGUGCCAAAGUACUAUCUGUUACUGCCUGUACAAAUUAAUUGUGUGUAUUUUCUCAGUUGUAUGGUAUUCAAAUGAACUUUUUAUUGUAAAGUGUAAGUGAUUUUUAAUGGCAGAAAAUGCUUUUCUGAACUUUUAUUUAUUUAUUUUUUACUUUAAGGAGGAAAUUUCAUUUUGAGUUGAAUUGUAUUUUAGCUUUUUGAUAUCUCUCAAACAUGCUGUUGGAAUUAAGAAAACAUUUGAUGUGUUCAGUGGGCGUGUUCAUUUGAUGUGAAUGUAUGAUUUGUGCUUUCAUGGGUGUACAAGAUUUCUUGUGUAAUGCAAGCUUAAAAUGAACAAUUAUGAAUAUUUUAUUUAAUAAAUAAGUGAAAUAGA